GAAAAAAAAAAAUCUUGUGGCUGCAGCAAACCUGCCUUAUCCAGUACUCCAAUUGUGGUCGUCCUUACUCGCCACCAGUGCUGAUUUCCUUCACCAAUUUUCUGCAAAAAUUUCCUCCAUCUGCCUAAUAUCUUCACCCUUACAGCUUGAAGCUUUCUAAUCUCAUCAUUUCCCUCUUCCAAUGGCUUCCUCCACUCUUUCCCCUGCCACACACUCCCAGCUCUGCUCGAGCAAAAGCGGCAUUUUUGCUCCAGCAAAUGCUGCCUUGGUGAAGCCGGCGAGAACCCAUGUGGCUGGUGGAAGGGACAGAGUGAUGAAAGUCUCGUGCCAGGCCACUAGCAUCCCAGCCGAUCGUGUUCCUGACAUGGGUAAAAGGGAGCUGAUGAAUUUGCUUCUGUUGGGAGCUAUCUCUCUCCCCACUGCUGGGAUGCUGGUUCCGUAUGCCUCUUUCUUCGUCCCCACCGGAACUGGAGGUGCUGGUGGUGGUACAGUGGCUAAGGAUGCUGUUGGAAAUGAUGUCAUUGCUGAAGAAUGGCUCAAGACUCAUGGCCCUGGAGACCGAACCCUUACUCAAGGAUUGAAGGGAGAUCCUACUUACCUUGUGGUGGAGAAAGACAGAACACUUGCAACAUAUGGUAUCAAUGCCGUUUGCACGCAUCUCGGUUGUGUUGUGCCGUUUAAUGCUGCUGAGAACAAGUUCAUUUGCCCCUGCCAUGGAUCUCAGUACAAUGAUCAAGGCAGAGUGGUUAGAGGACCGGCUCCUUUGUCGUUGGCAUUGGCUCAUGCCGAUGUAGAUGAUGGCAAGGUGGUGUUUGUUCCCUGGGCAGAGUGGUUAGAGGACCGGCUCCUUUGUCGUUGGCAUUGGCUCAUGCCGAUGUAGAUGAUGGCAAGGUGGUGUUUGUUCCCUGGGUAGAAACCGAUUUCAGAACCGGAGAUGCUCCAUGGUGGUCUUAGGAGCUUUCUUCUCAUAUGCAACCUCCUUAUGGUUUUAAUGCAAAGAUGUAGUGAUAUGAAAGCUGGUAAAUUUUGUUUGUCUGUGCUACAUGAAAGAGCAAACUCCAUGAACUUGAGAGCCCAGCUUGUAUGAAUACAAGCCGACUCCAUAUAUGUGUGCCGUUACUUGUAUCUCAUCUGUGUAUUUAGAGAAACUUUCCUUCUCUCUUGCAUGUUAAAUUCCUUCCUGGACUAGCGAAAAGUGGAUCAUUUGGAAAAGCAGAAAGCGAGGUUGGCCUUCAUAAACCGCGAGCCUCGAGUUUAGAGAGGUGGCAUGAGCCCUCGAAAAAUAUAGUAUGAGAUACAAAAUUGAUAAUUUAGCAAUGUUGUCAAUCCGCGGGUUGACCCGGGCCCGGUCGAAUUAGUGAGUCAAGGGUUAAUGGGUCAACCGUUUUAGCCCGGUUUGGCUCGGAAAUAUAGAGUCAUUAUAUUGUACUUAUCCUCAUAAAUUAUAUCAAAUUUUAUCUAA